AGUUUAUUUCUCAACACGGAACGGUUUAGAUGAAUUUUUAAAAACGAUCCACUAGAAAAUCAAAUAGCAAUAGGCAGACAAUUGGACUGUGUCGAGUGUCACGUAUUUUCGAAUGAGAAAAAAUUUUGUUGUACGAAAAACUCGGUGAACUUGCAUAAAAAUAACGCAUUCAAACGAUAUUGUGCGACUGCCAUCGCGACCUCCAUUUAGCCAAACUGUUAUAGUAUCCAGAGAAAUGCACAUUCAUCCGAGCUCCCCGAAUUCAGAUAUAUCGCUGCAAUCGGAGGAGAGUGCUGCCAUUAAAAUUCAAGCUGGUUUUCGUGGAUACAGAGUGCGUAAACAGUUGACAGGUCGUCCACAUUCUCGCAAUACUUCUAACGGUUAUCAAGGAAUUAAUUCGAUUCUGCGCCGUCAACAGCGUCACCAACAGAGCGGAAUGUCGCAAAAUCAAAGUACUGGCAGUAACGGAGUAACUUCAGUUCCAGCACAGCUGAGACAAGAACGCAGUGGAGAAUUAGAGAGCGCUUCUGUAGAAGAUCGUUGUGCUACAAAAAUUCAAGCUGGAGUCCGAGGCUUUCUGGUUCGCAAGAAACAAAAGGCUGCCGCUGAUGCAGCAACAAAAAUUCAAGCUGGAUUUCGAGGAUUUAAAGCUCGCAAAGAAGUUCAAAAAAUUAAACAGAAAUAAGAUUUUAGAAAUGUAUAUGUAAAUACAUCAAAUUUGAUUACUUAAUAUCCAAAGACAAUAAUCUUAGUUGGUGAUAUUCCGAGUGUAUAUAAUAUGCAAGACCGUCAAUUAUUAAAGUAACUGACACAACCCAGCCAAUCAACAAACCAAAAACAUAUCUCAGCCAUCCAGUGAAAUAUCUGUCCAUCUUCUUUUCGUACAAGUACUUCUUAUACUAAUUACUUGUUACCCCAAAAAUAAUUCCUUAAUUGAUUUUUAACCUUCUAAAUAUACUAUCUAUGUGAAUAGUAUAAGUAUUACAAGUAUAAUUUGCUUCUGAACAAAUACAAAAGUCUCACAUAAUAUAUACUUAUGUAAAGUAUAGAUACAUACAUAUUAUGUAUGUAUCUCAUUAAUAAGAUAUUUUAUUUAUUUAUUUGAUCUUUAGAUUUGUCCAAGCAAAUGUGUACUUUUAAGCUUUUUAGACAUGUAUAGAAUAAUAAUUUUAUUAAAAUUAUUUUAGUUUGUAGUGAAUGUAUUUUCCCCGUUAAUUUAAGUUAAUAUUUGUGUACAUCUAACUAAAUGUAGGUUUUCAAUUAAUUUGUUCAUUUUUAUUUUUAGUUUUUAUUUUAUCCACAUUUUUUUUUUUUGCUUAGAAAUAUUUCGUAGUAACUAAUAAACUUUAUUGUGUUAAAUUGUAUGCCAAACAAAACGUACAUCCAAUAUACUUAUGGAAAAAAACAUUAUAAAUGCAUAUAAAUAAAAUAAAUAUUAAUUUUAAUUAA